AUGGCAACGACAAGCAAGCAAUAUAAAAGCAUCGGCGAGGAUCUCUGGAAAGGGCGGUCAGAAAAGAUUAACGCAGAGCUCUUUGCACUCACAUAUGGUGCUCUCGUCGUUCAACUCAUCCAGGACUAUGAAGAUUACGACGAAGUUAAUAACCAGCUAGAGAAAAUGGGUUACAACAUCGGAACCCGAUUGAUAGAGGACUUUUUGGCAAAGUCGGGGAUGGGGAGGUGUGCCGAUUUCAGAGAGGUUGGAGAGGUCGUCUCAAAGGUUGGCUUCAAGUCUUUCCUUAACAUAACACCAACCGUUACCCAUAGUGGAUUACCCCCGCCGCAAUCCCCUAAUAGACCGCAGGGCGCUGCGUCAAUACCUCAAGCAGGCACGGAGACAUCUUUUACGUUGACCCUCGAAGAAAAUCCAUUAGCAGAGUUUGUCGAGUUACCAGAAGAGGUUCUAGACGGGGGGUUGUGGUUCAGCAAUGUCCUCUGUGGCGUGAUAAGAGGUGCUCUGGAGAUGGUCCAAAUGCAAGUCCAAGCCGAAUUCAUUUCAGAUGUACUGCGCGGCGAUGAAAGCACGGUGAUUCGCGUGAGGCUAAUCAAAUACCUUGAAGAGGAGGUACCGAUUGGAGAUGACUAGAUGUUCUGUCAGGAUGCAGGGAAAUAUAUAAAGAUUAUCGCUCUCCGUC